AUGUCCAUGUUGUCGUGCCGUGUGUUGUGUCUAUUGGCCAUUGUGUUCUGCUGUGUGGGUGUGGCUCAUGCUGCUGCUGCUGCUGCACCAGGUCAUAACGUAUAUCUUGAGCAGGUGAAAGAGAAGGCUAAGGAGACUUUGAGACUGAAGGAGGAGUGUGUGAAAGUCACCAACGCUGCUCGAGAGGCCGCGCAUGCAGCUCAAGAAUUUGUUGAUACCACUCAGGUUAAUCUCGAAACAAUUGCUGCUGACCCAGAAGAGGUGGAGAAAACGAAGAGUAAAGGUGAUGAACUCUCUGAUAAGGCAACGAAGGCUGCAGAGAAAGCAAAAGAAUUGGCCAAUAAAACUACAACCAGUGCGAAGGAAACUGAGAAGAAUGACUUCUGUUUUGCUUCAGAUGAAGUAAGUACGGCAAGGCAAGCAGUUAAAGAUGCACAAAACGCGGUACAGGCUGCUAUAGCAGCUGGAGAUCUGGCGCACGCUUCUGUUAAUAAAGUGAAAGAUGUCCUGCAGAAACUCGACGCCGCAGUUGCUGCUGCCAAAGAGAAGGAGAAAGAAAAACAAGUGGAGCCUCAACCACAGCCACAGGAACAGACAAAGGAUCCAUCUCUUGGUGAGCAGCAAGGCCAUACAGAAGGAAAUCAGGCGGAGCAAACACAAGAAAAACAAAAAGAGAAACAAAAACAGCACUACCGUUCUACUGUUACUAUUAAUAUCCACGGAGAUAAUCUUGAUGCCUUACUCAAUGGUGCAGCGAAUAACAGUGGUAUGGCAUUAAAUGACGGCAGCAGCAGCCCUGCGUUACUGCGUGUUCCACUCCUGCUGCUGCUGCUGCUCUCUGUGCUGGGCUGCAUGGCCGUGUGCUGA